UUCCCUCCGUUUUAAGGGUCAUGUGAUUAAGUUUCAUCUUUUGCACAGAAAACAGUCAGAGUAGAAAAUUAAUUUUCGUCGAAAGAUUGGAGCUGGAAUUAAAUAUUAAAAGAUGUCUUAUUCAUCAGAUUUAACAGCUCGUCAAGCUGCAAAAGAGCAUGUAUUAGCAGUAUCUCGCGAUUUCAUCUCACAGCCUCGAUUAACUUACAAAACCGUAUCCGGUGUAAACGGCCCGCUUGUCAUUCUCGAUGAAGUAAAAUUCCCAAAAUUCGCUGAAAUCGUUCAAUUACGUUUGAGUGAUGGAACAAUUCGUUCAGGUCAAGUAUUGGAAGUGAGUGGAUCAAAAGCUGUAGUUCAAGUCUUCGAAGGAACAUCAGGAAUUGAUGCCAAGAAUACAGUGUGUGAAUUCACUGGUGAUAUUUUACGUACACCCGUCUCCGAAGACAUGUUGGGACGUGUUUUCAACGGUUCAGGAAAACCUAUUGACAAAGGUCCACCAAUUCUUGCAGAAGAUUUCUUGGAUAUUCAAGGUCAACCCAUCAAUCCAUGGUCUCGUAUUUAUCCCGAGGAAAUGAUCCAAACUGGCAUAUCUGCAAUUGAUGUCAUGAACUCCAUCGCUCGUGGUCAAAAGAUUCCAAUCUUCUCAGCUGCUGGUUUACCACACAAUGAAAUCGCCGCUCAAAUUUGUAGACAGGCUGGUCUUGUUAAAGUCCCUGGAAAAUCUGUAAUGGACGAUCAUGAAGACAACUUUGCUAUUGUCUUUGCUGCUAUGGGUGUGAACAUGGAAACUGCUCGUUUCUUCAAGCAAGAUUUCGAAGAGAAUGGCUCGAUGGAGAACGUGUGUCUGUUCUUGAACUUGGCUAACGAUCCCACCAUUGAACGUAUCAUUACACCUCGUCUUGCUUUGACAGCCGCUGAGUUUAUGGCUUAUCAAUGCGAGAAGCACGUGUUGGUCAUUCUCACAGACAUGUCGUCAUACGCUGAAGCUUUGCGUGAAGUGUCAGCUGCUCGUGAAGAAGUCCCUGGACGUCGGGGUUUCCCUGGUUACAUGUACACUGAUUUGGCCACAAUUUAUGAACGUGCUGGACGUGUUGAAGGACGUAACGGAUCCAUCACUCAAAUUCCAAUCUUGACUAUGCCCAACGACGAUAUCACCCAUCCCAUUCCUGAUUUGACUGGUUACAUUACUGAGGGACAAAUCUAUGUUGAUCGUCAACUUCAUAACAGACAAAUCUAUCCACCAAUUAACGUGUUGCCAUCACUUUCACGUUUGAUGAAGUCAGCUAUUGGUGAAGGCAUGACACGAAAAGAUCAUUCAGAUGUGUCAAAUCAAUUGUAUGCUUGCUAUGCUAUCGGUAAAGACGUCCAAGCUAUGAAAGCUGUCGUUGGUGAAGAAGCUUUGACACCUGACGAUUUACUUUAUUUGGAGUUCUUGACAAAAUUCGAAAAGAAUUUCAUCGCCCAAGGAAACUACGAGAAUCGUACCGUAUUCGAGUCGUUGGACAUUGGAUGGCAAUUGUUGCGUAUCUUCCCUAAAGAGAUGCUUAAGCGAAUUCCAGCAUCAAUCUUGGCUGAAUUCUAUCCAAGAGAUUCGCGUCAUUAAGCGAACAAAUGAAAAUCCUUAUAUAAAUUAUAAAAUUAGCUUUUUUUUUCUUUCAUCAUGCUGAUUCGGGGCGUCAUAAUCUUCUAUUGUCAUCGUAUAAAAUUGAAAUGAUUUUUUCUUCUGAUGAAAAUGGAUAAACACAAUAAAUCGUUAAAUAGUUAAAGAAACAAACAAUUGUCUUCAAAGUUAGUGUUUUCAAUGUUCGUUAGAAGUGAUGAAUAUCCAGUAUUUUAUUUCAUUUUCCCUUUUUCCUCCCCCAUCCCACAUUUUAUUGUUUUUGUUGAUGUUGUUGUUACUGUCAUCGUCAUUCCAUAAAAAACAUUUCUCUCCUUUUUCUCGGUUUCAUAAAUUAAGCAAAAUAAUAAAGAAAAAAAAAAUCGCGAGCAUCUUAAGCGAAGCAUCACUUAAGGAAGGAGAAAAAGGAAAAGAAAGAUAAAGAAAUUGUUUUAAAAUUUAAAUAAUCUUUCUUUCCCUCAAUUCUUUUGUGCCGGGAAGAGGAAGGAAAAGAUUUUUUUUUUCGAUGUAAAAUAAUAAAUAAAAUACCUAGAAAAGGAAGCAAACAACCAACAAGGCAAAUGUAUCGAGUAUAAUGAUAUAUAAUGAGAAAUAAAAUAUAAAUACUUAAUGAAAAAUGAAAAUA